GCAGCGUUCAGUUGGGUUAGUUGGUAGUGGCGGUGGUCGUGAGGUUUGUGUGAGGUGGUGUAAGUCAUCGACUUCUAGGAUAAUUGAGGCGGAGCACCGGCCUACUCUUCUGAACGCUGUCUGUGGCCAGCAUUUCAUAUAGAAGAAAUUUGAUGUCCAUCUCGUUUCACUACAGAUUCCAAAACACAAUUUCCCGAUGACUCGAAGAUAAGGAUUAGCUGCCACAAGAUCAGGGGAAAACGAUGAUGCGUUCUUGAAAAUAAAUCCGUAUGGCUUAAAAGGAGCUACUGUUUUCAAGAGAGCUGUGUUCCACAGAUUUUGAAUUAACCCGAAGGAUUGUGCUCAGACGCAAACGAAGAUGGCUACUAUCGACGGGCGGCCGGCGCAGUACGGCAUCUCGCUGAAGCAGCUGCGUGACCUGAUGGAGCUGCGUGGCCGUGAGGGCAUUGGCAAGGUCAACGAGCUCGGCGGGGUUCAAGAAAUCUGCAGGAAGCUCUACACCUCUCCCAGCGAAGGUCUCAGUGGAUCAAAGGUAGACAUUGAACACAGGCGAGAAACAUUUGGUUCAAAUGUGAUACCGCCAAAACCACCUAAAACGUUUCUGCAGCUUGUUUGGGAAGCUCUUCAAGAUGUCACUCUUAUCAUUUUGGAGGUUGCUGCUUUGGUAUCACUUGGUCUUUCUUUUUAUCAACCAUCAGAUGAUGGAUCUGCACAUUUUGAUGAAGAUGAAGCAAAACAUGGCUGGAUAGAGGGUUUGGCCAUUCUCAUCUCUGUAAUAGUAGUGGUGAUUGUGACAGCAUUCAAUGAUUACACAAAAGAAAGACAGUUUCGGGGUCUACAAAGUAGAAUUGAAGGUGAACACACAUUUUCUGUGAUAAGAGGUGGUGAAGUUAAGCAAAUUUCUGUUGGUGAUAUAGUUGUAGGCGACAUAUGCCAGGUGAAAUAUGGGGAUCUCCUUCCAGCAGAUGGUAUUCUUAUACAGAGCAAUGACCUUAAGGUCGAUGAAUCUUCGUUAACGGGAGAAUCAGAUCAUGUGAAAAAGGGCGAGUCAUUUGAUCCCAUGGUAUUAUCAGGAACUCAUGUAAUGGAAGGCAGUGGCAAGAUGUUGGUAACUGCAGUUGGUGUAAACUCCCAAGCUGGUAUAAUUUUCACCCUUCUGGGAGCUGCUGUUGACCAACAGGAGGCAGAAAUAAAGAAGAAGAAGAAAGAAGCUAAGAAACAGCGGAAGAAGAAGAGCUUGACAGGAGCUGCUGAAGAACCUGAGGCAGCACCUGUUACAGGAAACAGCCACGUGAGUGUCCCAGCUGCACAAAUUACAGACAGAACAGCCAACAAACACAGUGCUGAUGUUCCUCCACCUUCAGAGAAUCACGCACAGGCCCCACCGCCGGAAUCUCACAAGAAAGAGAAAUCUGUACUUCAAGCCAAGUUGACAAAACUUGCAAUACAAAUAGGAUAUGCAGGUUCUAGUAUUGCUGCUUUGACAGUGGUAAUACUUGUUGUGCAGUUCUGUGUUAAAACAUUUGUUUUUGAAAAAGAAACAUGGAAGACAUCAUAUGCUAAUGAACUUGUUCGACAUCUGAUCAUUGGUGUUACCGUGUUGGUUGUUGCUGUACCUGAAGGGCUUCCACUUGCUGUAACCCUGUCACUGGCAUACUCUGUCAAGAAAAUGAUGAAAGACAACAACCUGGUUAGGCAUCUUGAUGCCUGUGAAACUAUGGGAAAUGCUACUGCAAUUUGCUCUGAUAAGACAGGCACUCUUACCACUAACAGGAUGACAGUGGUACAAACAUAUAUAUGUGAAAAAUUAAGCAAAACUUUACCAAAAUUCUCUGAUAUUCCAGAGCAUGUGGCCAAUCUAAUGGUUCAAGCUAUAUCCAUCAACUGUGCCUAUACCUCACGUGUAAUGCCACCAGAUGAACCUGGAGAAUUGCCAAAGCAAGUUGGAAACAAGACAGAGUGUGCUCUUCUGGGAUUUGUUCAAGCCAUGGGCAAAAAUUACCAGACCGUAAGAGAUGACACACCAGAAGAGGUGUUCACAAGGGUGUACACCUUCAAUUCUGUGAGGAAGUCGAUGAGUACUGUGGUACCAAGACAGGGAGGUGGUUAUAGACUCUUUACCAAAGGAGCUUCAGAAAUAAUGUUAAAGAAAUGUGCAUUUAUCUACGGUCGUGAUGGACACCUGGAGAAGUUCACUAGAGAAAUGCAAGAUAGGCUUGUGCGACAGGUGAUAGAACCCAUGGCAUGUGAUGGUCUUCGUACCAUCUCCAUAGCGUAUAGAGAUUUUGUGCCAGGAAAGGCUGAAAUAAAUCAAGUUCACAUUGACAAUGACCCUAAUUGGGAUGAUGAGGAAAAUAUUGUCAACAACUUGACUUGCUUGUGUGUCGUGGGGAUUGAAGAUCCUGUUCGACCUGAGGUACCAGAUGCCAUAAGGAAGUGUCAGCGAGCUGGAAUCACUGUUCGGAUGGUGACUGGUGAUAAUAUAAACACUGCUAGGUCGAUAGCAUCGAAAUGUGGAAUUAUAAAACCCGGUGAUGACUUCCUUAUUUUGGAAGGCAAAGAAUUCAACAGGAGAAUAAGAGACAGCAAUGGAGAGGUUCAGCAACAUCUAUUGGAUAAAGUGUGGCCUAAGCUUAGGGUUUUAGCAAGGUCAUCACCAACAGACAAAUACACUCUUGUCAAGGGUAUUAUCGACAGCAAAAUAAGCGAUAGUAGAGAAGUAGUUGCUGUGACAGGAGAUGGAACUAAUGAUGGUCCUGCAUUGAAGAAGGCUGAUGUAGGAUUUGCCAUGGGUAUUGCUGGAACAGAUGUUGCAAAAGAAGCUUCAGAUAUCAUUCUGACAGAUGAUAAUUUCAGCAGUAUUGUCAAAGCUGUAAUGUGGGGCCGCAAUGUGUAUGACAGUAUAGCAAAGUUCCUACAGUUCCAGCUUACAGUUAAUGUGGUUGCUGUCAUUGUCGCUUUUAUAGGAGCUUGCGCUGUCCAAGACAGUCCACUCAAGGCUGUGCAGAUGCUGUGGGUGAAUCUGAUUAUGGACACACUGGCUUCAUUAGCUCUAGCAACAGAGAUGCCUACACCAGAUCUGCUUCUCCGGAAACCUUACGGAAGAACGAAACCUCUUAUUUCUAGAACAAUGAUGAAAAACAUUUUAGGCCAAGCAGUGUACCAGCUCUCUGUCAUUUUUGCACUCCUUUUUGUAGGAGAUAAAAUGCUAGACAUUCCAACAGGAAGAGAUUCACCCGUUGCUAGUCAACAUUUUACCAUUAUAUUUAAUACGUUUGUCAUGAUGACUUUAUUCAAUGAAAUAAAUGCUAGAAAAAUUCAUGGUCAAAGGAAUGUGUUUGAAGGAAUUUUUACAAAUCCAAUUUUCUACAGCAUUUGGAUUGGAACUUGCCUUGCUCAGGUCGUCAUCAUCCAGUUCGGAACAGUUGCAUUUUCUACUGCCAGUUUGACACUGGAACAGUGGUUAUGGUGCCUGUUCUUUGGGGUUGGGACUCUUCUCUGGGGCCAGCUAGUGACCACGAUACCAACUAGAAAAAUUCCAAAAAUACUGUCAUGGGGUCGUGGUCACCCAGAAGAAUAUACGGAGGCGAUAGCUCUUGGUGAAGAGAAGUUUGAUCCUGAUUCUCAGGAUGGCAAGAAGCCUCGUGCAGGCCAAAUUUUGUGGAUUCGUGGCCUUACAAGAUUACAGACCCAGGUGAUAGGUGGUGAGUUGCAAGAACGUUUGAUUCCGGUCCCCUACAGCAAGAGCUCCACUGACCAAGCUAUAAGAGUGGUUAACGCUUUCCGUCAGGGCCUAGAUGCUCGAUACAGUGACAACCCCACAUUGGCUGAAGUUCUGCGGAAGCAGUCAUCACUUAGCAAGCGGCUUUCUCAGACAUCCUCCAUAGACUAUGCUGAUAAUGUGAUGGAUGAACUGGCAAUCCCAGAAAUUGAUGUGGAACGUCUUUCAUCUCACAGUCACACCGAGACUGCAGUUUAGUCAGCUCAGUGUCUGUGUGUGCAAUCACGUGUCUGCAGCAGAAUGAAGAGAGGUGUUAAAGUUGCCUGUGUUCUGUUACGUCGAGGUGCAGUGUGCUGCACAUUUCUCAUCUGUAACUGAGAUGUGUGUACUUCAGCAGGGAGGAAGGGGGGGAAAAGCAAGGAAUCAGUGAAGUGGUAUCAUUUUUACCAUAAUUUUCUUUAAAUAUAUGUUCACUUACUGAUACAGAUAAUGCAGGAUGAUGAUUCCUGCUUGUUUUUCUCCAUGUGUGUUCGGAUCUUUUUAAUUUAUUUUGUAUUCCCAGCUCAAAGUAACUACUGAACUUUUACGCCCUCACCCUGGUGUGUCACCGAGUUUGUGUGUAUGUGUGUGUGUGUGUGUGUGUGUGUGUGUGUGUGUGUGUGUGUGUGUGUGUGUAGUCAAAAGAAAAGUGAUGAAACAUUUGCUGCAGUGGACAGUUCCAAAAGACAGUUUUUAUUACUCUUUUACUUUCUGCUAAUCUGUGUUUCACCUUUGAGACAACAGUGCUUUGAUUUGCGUGUGAUGAUAGUGUUACAGCCAGGAAAGAGAGUAGGUGAGCACAAACUGUUGUUGUUGUUAUGUAAUUAUAUUGAAAACACUAGAUUUUGAAACUUUUUGAAGAAACACCAAGUGUAUUAGAUGAGGAAGCAAAAGGUGAAAACUACACUGCAUCAAAAAUUUUAGUUUUUGUUUUGUAUAUUUGCCUAAUCUAAAGUGAAAGCUGACAUUCUAUGAAUUAGGUCCGUUAAAAUGAAACUGAUGUUAACAGUCUUGUACAAUAGUUUGACAAGUGUGAUCACUCUGAAAGAGCUGUUACUGGCUUAGAUGUGUGUAUCAUUUGCUAGCAGUUGUCAGUGCUGCAUUUAAAACUUUCUCCAAGGAAAGUGCAACUGCACUUGCAAGAGCACUGCAUAAGACUAUUGGGAGGAUUGAAAUGACAUUCAUUUGACCUGCCAUUACUUUGUGCUCUCAAUUACAGUAUCAGAUGGUGCAUGAAGCUGUCAGUGAAGUUCAAGAAAUUGCAAAUUUGAAGUGCACUUUGGAGUAUGAAGUUUUAGACUGGGAUGUCAUGCAAUGUCUAGUUGCCUGCCCUAGUGAAAUUGCUAUGGAGCUUGUCUUGUUACAGAAAAUGUGCAUUCAUAUAUUUAUUUUGGGUGAAUUUAUGCAGGGUUACAGGUGGCUCUGUUUAGGAGGUUGGAUUAUCUGAGCUGUAGGAUCACUUCUUUCUCUUACCUAGUUAGUUCCAUGAAUUUACAUGCAGACAACUUUUCAGCCUGUAAAAUAAAUAUUUUCUAGAUGA